UAUUGCAUCAAAAGUAUAAGCACUCGUUAUUCAGAAUAGCGUUUUCAGUAUAAGCCUCUAGUGUUUAAUUAUUUCUGGUGAUUUGAUACAUAAGCAGCAUUUACGCGUCGCAGCUGAGCGAGUAAAACUAGAAUCCCAUCUAAAACUGUUCCCUCAAACACUGGUGUAAAACGCCCUCUUGCGGAUUUUACUCGGUUUAAUUUUCUUGAUAACCGAGAGAACCUGCAGGUGGGAACAAGCCUCGAGAAGAAAAAAGGGGGGGAAAAAUCCCGACAGUGCCAUCUAGUGGAUAAUUGUCUCUCUGCGCAGAGCAUUGUUUGUGUCCUGCACCCCGAGUGUAGCCUGCACGGUUGCAUCAAUUGAGACGACGUGAAGACGCGGAAGUUGGGUAAUUCAGGCUUCAAAAUCAAGCACCUAUUUUCCGUCCUGAUGGCUUAGGCCGUAAGGACCGUGCCAUUUUAUCAUAUUCUGCGCUUUUCUCUACAAACUAAGAAGUCUUGUAAAAUUUUCAGCCGUUUUCUGUGAGAUUUAUAUUUGUAGCCGCUGAAGUGAAUUUGAUUGGAGGUUUUAUUUUGAAAAACAAGUGACCGCGGCUCGUUUUAUUUUGGUUUUGUUUUUGUUUUUUUUGUUUUUUUCGUACGAUGGAGAAGUUUGGCAGAAGUGGCAGCGCGCGAGAAGGGUGACCUUUCACGAGCCAAAACAGUCCAGUGGGAAAAGAUAUGGAAGUGAAUGUCCACAUAUCCCCCACUCACAAGUCGACUUUAAGACACGGUCGAUGUGCGUGCGUGGUGAGUUGGCCGGUGUCCAGCUGGUGAGCGCAGCUUUUUACAGUUCGUCGACUUUUGAGUUUCACUUGCGGUUUUGUGUUCGCACACUCACCCUCAGCUCAUCCGACAUUCUCUUAAAUAUUAGUUUGGCGAUUCCUAAAGUUUGCGGCACGAACGCGGAGAAAUCUUUUGUGCGUUCUCUGGCUGGACUUGACUGGCGCCCGACAGUUGCAGGGGUCGCUCGGCCUCCCUCCAAAACCUGACACAUUCCAAAACCUAUUGAUCCCAGGGUGAACUGAUACGUGCGAGUUGCUGUUUAUCCUUUUUUUCCUCGUUUCCUCGUUUUCCGCGUUAGUGUACAAGAACAUGGACGUGGACCUUGGUGGAUUUCUUAAUCAGACCAGCUCUUAUGAUUAUAAUGAUAGCUAUGAGUAUGAGGUGGACCCGGAACCAACACAGGCCUCUCAACCUAGUGGAUGGAGCCUCGGGGCCCCUCUCUGCAAGAUCAGUGGAGCUGUUUUUAAUAUCAACUUCUACUGUGGGAUCUUUUUGCUGGUUUGCAUCAGUCUAGUUCGCUGCCUGUCCUGCCUGUCCAGCAUCCAGGGGAAACUUGCAGUAUCUCAUGGCAUCUGCCUGUUGGUCUAUCUCAUCUCAAUUCUCCUCACCAUCCCUGACUGGAUUUUUCUAAUGCCAGUAAAGGACAAAAACGGUGAAGAGAAAACAGUUUGUGUUCACAACUACUCUCCGUCAGGAUUUGACCAGCAGCUGUUUUCACGUCUGCCUCACCACACACUGGGCUUCCUGCUGCCUGCAACUACCCUGAUCAUCUGCUGCUCCUCUAUUCUUCUGCGGCUACAGAGCAGAUCUAAAAGCCGCCAGAAGCAGAGAGCCGUAAUGGUCAUUGUGCCCUUGGUGACAGUCUUCUUGCUCUGCUGGAUGCCAUACAACAUCACACUCAUUGUGGACACCUACAGGAACCUCAAUCAGGAACCUCAUGGUGAUGAUUUUUCUGGAAAUUCUGAAGGUUCCCUGGAAACAGCUCUGAAGGUCACCUUUGCCCUGGGCUGUGUUCAUGCCUGCCUCAGGCCUCUGCUCUAUUUCGGCCUGUGCAGAAACUUCAGGAAACGGACCCUGGCUAUGCUGAGAUGUGCUACAUUUGAACCUGAAGGUUCACUGUGGGAGUUGGGUGUGGACAAGGAAGGUCUGCCUGGCCAGAGUCCUGAGGGGGAAGCCCUGAAACAGAUAACAGACAAACAGCAUCAGGUGUAGUGAACUCAGUGCUGAUGAGAACAGCCAAAAAUGUCCUCCUGUCCUGUGACCCAGAGGUUGUUGUGUUCCAGCCUCGUGGAAUUUACUGUGAAGUCAUGUCAUGAGUUCAGGGGGUGGAAGACUAUAUUCUGUGUAAUGAUGAGAAACAGAUUUUUAUAAAAGCUGAUUCUAUCACAUUGUACUUAGAUGUGAAGCUUUCCAAGCCACGUCAUGGCGACAUUACUGUUGUUUUUGCAAUCACUAUUGCACAAGUUUAGCAUGCCUCCUGAAAUCAUGAGUUUUAUAUGCAAUUGUAUUUAGAUAUUUCAUUGUUAUUAUUAUUGUUAUUGAAAGCAAACUUUUUACACAAAAAUUGUUGACUCAGUUAACAGUUUUCAGAUGUUAAACAAUCAUCAUAAAGCUAACACCAUAAUCACUGAGCAUUUAAGGAAUAUAAGCUCAUAUUCUUUCCACAGUUAUUGUGUACUUGCACUAAACAGUAAUAGUCGGAUACAGUUUAUUGCUUCAUUUCUGAUAACCUAUCAUAAACGUUUCACUUUUCACUUUACAUGUUAUCUUCUGCUUAUCUUAAAGCAGUAAAGACUGUGUGAAUUCCACGAUUUCACAGUGAGUGCGGGGACUUCUGUGUGUGGCUCUUCUGAGAGAAUUUCCCUCUGCAAAUUCUAAGUUUUUUUUUUAUUUUCAACUUCACUUUUUUUUUAUGGGUGGACUACAAGACACAGGAUGACACAAAGAGGUAGUGAUGUCACCAGUCAGGUGACAGAGCGAGACGGAGGAGGAGGAAGAAGGAAAGAAAAAAAAACACCCUCUGAUGGAGCUUCAGCUUUUUCAAAGCUUUCUGUGUACUGUUAUUUAAAGACUUGUUUGCUGUGUGGAGGGAGAACUAUGGCAAGCUUUAUCUGUAAGGACACUUGAAUGGAAAAAGUAAUACCUUUGGUAAAUGGAGGGAAGAAGAAGAGUUGGAGAAAAUAAAAUGUUGAGUUCCAGCCCUGUGGUUUUACUAAUACACUGCUCUGCAUGUUAUGGCGUGCCUAGUGUCACAUAACCAGGCCUAUAUCCACUGCACGUGUAUGUUCAAGGCUGAAUAACAUUAAGCCAUAUAAAUGUAACCUGAAAUAAAACGUAUCCUUGUGUACCA